UCUGUCUCCCAUGCAUUCUUGCCUCUUAAAAAAUGUUAUCUUCUUGCAGAAAAAGUGUUAUUUCCCUACCAAAAUGCUCAUGGAUAAACCAAAAAGUUAUGGCUCGUGCAUCCUCAUCUUCUUUUAUCAAAAUACCCUCUCUAUUUGGCUCAAAGACGUCAAAAACAGCUGAUGUCCGUGAGGAAAAACAAGCAACGCCUGUCAGAAAGGAGUACUAUGUUCCUCGCAAGUUUGUUCCGAUGACACGGAAAGCUCUUAUUAGGAGGAUAGUGGAAGAUGAGACGCUAGUGAAUCCAACUGAUAGACACUACUUUCAAGGACUUGCAGAAGUUCUGGAUAAAAGCAUAGCUGGUAGUUUUCAUGCUGCUUUAGGGGAAUUGAAGGUAUAGUGUAAAAACAUUCUGGCAGUGUCGGGUCUAAAGUACAGGUCACAAUUCCACAGGUCAAGAGUACUGGUCACUGCUCCAUCGAUAAAUUACAAACUACACAUAUUCCCCUCGAUCUAACAGAGCAUUUUGUUCAGAGAUUAGAGCUAGGAGACAGUUUUAAUGCUGUUUAUUUAUGGCCAUCCCGAUAAAAUGUUUCGUUUCCCAUCACCCACGGACCGACCCAUUUUUUUCGAAAAAAAAAUUCCAGAUUCAUUAGUCAAAGAAGCAAUUACUUUAAUUUACAAACACACAAUCUUGUUUUUUUAACAAUAACUGGUAUGAUGUGAUGUCCUUGUCUUUAAUUAACAUCGAUACUAUGUUUUUAAAGGUUGUUUAGACAUUUGAUAGUUGAACAUGCUGAAAAGACCACGUUUUCAAGUUGACUUUGUAACCAGGCUUUCUUACUUCGCUGCCCGGAACCCAGACCCCUGCAAGUGUUCAUUCUUUUUUUUUUUGGCUUGGCCGACCAACCCACCAUCACAAGAGACAGGGUGAUGGGAAAUGAAAUAUUUUUAUUUGGAUGGCUUAUCUGUAUCAUGGUGACCUGUACUCUGACCUGUGGAAAAGUGACCUGUAUUUUAGACCCGCCAUACUGGCAGUGCGUAGAUACGGUAUUCUUUGUUGCUGGUCGGUGCAUUCUUGUAAUGAAUCAUUUAUUUAAAUGGUCGGUAGAAGUAGAAACAUAAUAAAGGGAGGGGGGGCAAGGGGAGGAUCUCAUCACGAGUUCAUGAACAACAAUUUUGCAUUUCGCAAGUCACUAAAUAAAUAUUUAUGUUUUCACGCUUCUCAACAAAAAUGGAGGUUGUGCAAAAUGUCAAAAAUGUUACGUUAGUCCCAUUUUGGAAACAGAGUGCUUCGAUUAUAUUUUAGCAGCUAUUUUAUCAAGUUAACUAGUUUUACGAACCUUAUGAAAAACACCUAUAAAUUCCCCAGGGAAGCCAGCUGUAGGUGGGUCUGAGUGCACUGAAGUGUGAAGUUUCAUCAAAAGGCUUGAAAGUGAAGUUAAAUCAAGCCACCAGAUGCAACUUAAGGUCAUUUGGCCAAAUUAACUAUUUAUUUUCUUAGAUUGAUCUUCAAUGUACGUGUAAACAAUCAAGGAUGUUGGCAGUUCUGGUUUUACAGAGUGCACUUCAAUUAUGAUUCACAGAACGGUUUUUCAGUACAUUUCAAUUCACGCACACCUAAAAUGGUCAAUCACAGCAUCACAAAAAUAAGCUUGCCCCCCCUCUAAUAAGUGAUUAGUCCCUGCAAUGGUCGAAAGAAAAGAACACUCAUGUACAGUACCGCUAACCCCCACUCACCUCAUGUUAGAGAAUCCACAACAGUCUUGGAUUCUGAAUUCCAUGUUGUGGAUUCCAGAUCCUCUGUCAGUGCAACUUGGGUGCCAAAUUCUAAUCAGUAGCAGGAUUCCAGAUUCCUUGAGCUGUUCCAGAUUCCAUAGCCCAAGGAUUCUGGAUUCCACAACCAAAAUUUAACUAGAUUCUGGAUUCCACUUGCAAAAAUAUCCCAGAUUCCGGAUUCCCUUACAUGGGGUGACUCUAUUGCCUCAUUUGUAGAUAAGACAGAUCUUGCUAUGUUCUUGGCCUUUCUAAUUUUGCCUUACUUUUCAUUAAUUACAGGUAUUAUAUGACCCUCUAAACCCCGACAAAGAGACCUUAACACUGCAAAAUAUAUCAAAGCAGGAAAGGCUGGAUAAUGAGUUCUGGUUAUUAGAGAAGUUAUCCCAACUCCUUGAGAAGGCUCACUUCUAUGAGCUUCCUGUUGAAGAUGUACGUGAUGCGCUGAGAGAGCAUGAUGCUGGUGAUGGAGUACUGGUUAGUGUGGAUCCAAAGAAGUACGAUGUACUGAGGAUUUGGGUUGUUGGAAAGGAAUUUGAGCCUGUUGAUAAUGGUCGUCUGUAUUCUAGAAUUGCCACUGGAGUAGUGCGUUGGUUUAGGCCACCCAAACCGGCUGAAAGGUACAAGCGAGUGGUCAUUGCAAUUCGUGCCAAGAAACAGAGCAAACUUUUGCUCAAGUCCUUUAAGGAUAUUCGUUGUGCAAACCUGGAGCACUUACUGCCUGAUGGAAAGAUCAGAAUGAAUCAGUUUGAUCAGCGAGUGUUGACGGGAAUGUUUGCAGUUGGUGCCACCAGUGCAGUGAUCAAGCUGGUGUCUUUCCUGGCAGAUUAUAAAAUUUCCUGGACUUAUAUCGCCAUAUCUGUAGCUGCUCUUGUGGCUCUAAGAGCAUGGAACAUGUACAAGAAUAAGAGAAAUUCUUACCUGGUUCGUUUGGGGCAGACCUUGUAUUUCAAGUCCAUUGCUAACAAUCGUGCUUUACUCACACUGUUAGCUGAUAGAGCUGAGGAUGAAGUUUUCAAAGUCACAUUACUGGCAUACAGUUUCCUUCAGGCUUCAUCAAAGUUGCAGGCAUCAUCAGGUAUGGUUUUUGGCAUUUACUACUUUUUAUAAGUAUCAUGCAGUUAAACCUCCUGUAAGCAUCCAUCCAUUCAAAAUGCAAAGAUUUAGUGGUUGGUUAAAGAAGGUGGCCACAUAGGAGAAUUAAACUACAGGAGCCUCUUGUGAGAAGAAUAUACAUGUAGACAUGUGUGGUUCCAUGUUGUCACUAAAUGUUGUUGCAUAGUACAUACUGCAGACAUAGAGAUGGCUAUAUAAAAGUGUUGCCUACAAGGGAUUAAAACAAUGGAAAGUUUUAAAACCAUCACCCCAAAAAGUGGUUUUGGUCACUUACUUAAUUUCAAUUUAAUUUUUAUUCAAAUGAGGUUGAUUCUCAAUUUUCUUUGUCUCUUAGCCCUUGAAGACAAAGGGGAUUGAAAGUCAUCCUCGAUUAAAAAUUGUUGGCUUGAAAUCAAAUUUUAAAUGUAACAUUUACGAGUAAAACUGACAAACAAAUACAGCAGUUUACAAACGCUGCCAUUUAUCUAAUUAUUUCUAAAUUCACAAUGCUCCUGCAAAAAGUAAGUUUGUUUUUGCUGUAUAAUAAAUCCUGUUUUCACCAGGUAUGUUUCCAAGGUCAGUUUGGUUGGAAAUUGCUCUUUUUUGGCAUUUUUAUGGACAUUGACCUCUUCUUGGUCCUUAUAGAGAAAAAAAGACCUUGCAACAAAAAUCUUGGUUAGUAUCUAGCCAUCUUGAACUCAUGCAUACCAGUAUGAACAGUAAAGUUAAAAAAUAUAAUUUUUAUUGGCAUAGGUGAGGGUAUGACAGCUAGCGAAUUAAAAUUGCGUGUGGAAGACUGGAUGUGCAAAUUUCAAGUAAAGGUCAUAUAUGAUCCAUCGGAAGGAGUAAAACAACUUGAAAGCCUUGGACUUCUUGUAACAAAACAAAAAGGUAAUAAACAACAUUGUUAUUUAAGAGGUCAGUUUUUCAAAAAAUGGUUGGUGUUAUAUAUGAUGUUUACAUUUUUUGUUUGUUGUAUACACAAUAAAUAAAAAAAUGAAUGAAUAAUGAUAGAGAGGUAGCAUAACCAUUUUUAUUUUACAUUUUACAUUUACCGUGUACAGCCUACCCCUCACAUUUGAGGAUUAUUAGCUGGGUUGGUCAGCAAAAAAAAAAAAGUUAACUUAAUAGGCUAAUAAACAGGUAGAUGAUUUAGGCAGCUCACAUGGGCUUUGAAAGUAACUAAAGAGCAGUGUUCGCUAAAGACAGACGCCGGCAAAUUGUUCCAUUGAAUAAUUGUUCUUGAGAAAAAGGAUAGAUUCACAGAGGACAGGCUAGUUUGAAGCGGGAUGAAACUUUCCAAGUGUGCGCGACAUGAUCUGCGCAUGACAGGGUGCAGAAGCCAUUGAGAGUUAACAGAGAGGAGGCCCCACACUUAAUUGUUUUUUUUACUACCAUUCCUGGUCGAAUUGGAAUUUGGAAAUGUUGAUUUUUGAGAAGAGGGGAAAACUGGAGUACCACGAAAAAACCUUUGAGAGCAAAGGAGAGAAUGAACAACAAACUCAACCCACAUGUGGUGUUCACACCUGGGUUUGAACCCUGGCCACAUUGGUGGGAGGUGAGUGCUCUCACCACUGCACCACCCGUGCUCAUACAUGAAAGUUAAUAAAAAUAUUAAUAUUUUAAAUACUUGAUCAUGAAUGUGCAAUAAAUUUACGAUAAUUUAUUGUGAGUGGGUCAGUGGCUUGGAAAAAAAACAAAUAGAGUUGAUUUAUUUGUUCAAGGUAGCAAUGCUUCUUUAUUCUCCUCAAAAUGUACAGGUGAACAGCAAAUAUUAAGUGUGCCGUCAGUGUAUGAUGCUUUUAUGCAACUGCCAAAUCCAACACAACCAAUGAAGAUAUCAGCUGAGAGAACAGAAGAACUUGAUGUGGAACUCACUGAUGUAGCUACAACUGAAGAAGAAAUAGAACAAAUGCAAGACAAACAGCAAGAGGAGUUAGAACAAAAGAAAUUGAGCUGGGAUUGAUUUGUUCCCCUUGCUAGACAACAGUAAAACAUUUUGUCAAGUUCACUUAGAAAGUAUCCUGCGUCGCAGGUGUAAAUAAGCUUUGGUUAGUAAUGUUUGCGAAGCAGUGUGGAUAUCCUUGCUCUCAGCUCCCAAUGGACUCAACGAAUUACCAGAAGUGUGUUUCAAAUUUCCAUUCAUCUUGAUUGGCAAAUUGGCCAUAGCUUUCUUAACCCGCCAAUCAUGACACGUACUCAAAUCUUGGUACAUGUACACCAGUGGGGGCCCAGAACAGGGAUUUUGGUACUGUUUUGCAGACAGACUUAACCAGAGUUAAGUUUUGUCUGUGGUGCAGGUUAAUUAUAGAAAGUUGUCCAUUGUCUCCCAAGCUCAUCACAACAGUCUUGAUUGGGGUGUGCCAUAAUAGGUCAUUAUGCUUCACACUUCUCAACUGUAAAGUGGAAGUGAAAAGAGCUGAUGCGUUACUUUGAUGUAAAAGGCAACAUCUCAUCGCCAUGAAAUGGGUUGAAAAAAGAGGCACUGCCAUGAUUUAAAAAGUCUAGAUUCAAAAGAUACAUGU